UACAAUCAAGGCAUUUCUAUAUCCUACACGGCUACAUAUACGUCUCAUUCGGGAAUUUAAACAUGGAAAACAUUCUGAGUCUUGGCAUCAGUCUGAUGUGUAUUUGUGUAUCUGCUUUGGUUUCGCUAUCUGUUUCAGAGAAUGCGACCAGUGUUCACACUUGCGGAAACACUACACUUACAGCGACGGACAAGCCGCAAUACUUGCAAACCCCAGGCUAUCCGAACGGAUACAGAGACAAUGAUUCUUGUGUCUGGACAAUAAAAGCAGAACUGGAUUAUAUGAAGGUGCAGCUUAUUGUUGAAGAUGACGGAGUCGAAUAUGGCCUGACAUGUAACCACGACUUUGGAAAAGCCUUCGAUGGUCCUUCUGUUAAGUCUCCCUUGCUGGCAACAUGGUGUAAUGAAAAAACACCAGAGGUCAAGAGCAGUGGACACGUUAUGACUGUGCAGUUUUAUGCUGAUUGGUAUGCAACUUUCAGAGGAUUCAAAGCCAAGUUCUUCCAAACCAAUGAGAUUGACUCCUGCGGCGGGAAUGUUGACGUCAUGAGCUUCCUAACUCGAAUCCAAACACUGGUAUCUCCGGGUUACCCUCAUGGUUACCGAAGCGACAUGGAAUGUGUCUGGAUUCUCCAAGCAAUGGGUGGUUCAAGAAUUCGGAUCCAAGUACUCAACACUAGUUUAGAAGCCACUUCUACAUCUUCAACUAAGUGCCACGACUUUGUGGCUGUUCAUGAUGGACAAACAGAGUGUUCCAGUGAGCUGGGUCGGUUCUGUGGAUCAGACACUCCCACCUUGAUCAGCUCAGGGCCUUAUGUACGGAUAGGCUUCUACUCGGACAAAAGCAUUGAACACCAAGGCUUCAGACUGCAGUUUGAUUCGGGUCUAUUUGAUUAUGCUGGUACAUGCAGUUGGGAAAUCAACGCAACUGAAGCCAUUCAAUACCUCUUCAUGCCAAAUUUCGACCAGUCUAACGAAAGCUGCUGGUGGAGACUACAGGCUGCAGAAGGACAUAAUGUCGUGAUGGAGGUUAUGAACCCAUACAACGUCACCGGAUGCCCGACUACAACAUUAGCUAUAUACGAUGGACAGGACAGCUCCGACCCACUGCUGGCGGAAAUAUGUCCGAAUGAAAAGAUGUCUAUAGUGAGUAGUGGCAGGACUCUGUAUAUAUACAUGGAGCAGGGCUAUACGUUCACAGUGACAAAGAUCCAUAUACAAGUGUACGCAGUCCCACAAUGCGGUGGCCAACUGACGUCGGUCGGGACACUAACCCAUCUAACAUCUCCUGGAUACCCUCAAAACUAUUUCAGUGAUCUUGCUUGUUUUUGGACCAUUUGGACACCUAGUGACACAAGUGACAUUGUUCUCGAAGUUGUUGACUCCGACCUUGAAGGUUCACCUCCUUCCUGCAGUAAAGAUGCAGUAAAGGUGUGGAGAUACGCAAUAGACAAAGUUGGGACGUUUUGUAGUACCUCCACACCAAACUUCACCAUUCCUAAUGUGCUGAAAGUGAUGUUUACAACGAACAACGCUGUUGUAAAGAAAGGGUUCCGGAUGAAAUUAAAUGCAGUUAAACAAAAUAUUACACCAAGCUGUGGACCACAGAACCUCAAUGCUGUUCAGUCAGAUCGAUACCUUGUCUCGCCAGAAUACCCAAUGGCGUAUGAUAGGUAUCUACAUGUAGAUUGCCAGUGGACCCUAACAUCAUCCGAUCCAGACAUGAUGGUCCAUAUAGAGGUCUUAGACUCCCAUAUGGACGGAUACAGGGACUGCGAUUAUGGCGACAAGGUCUAUGUGUAUGAUGGUCCUGACAAGACAGCAGCAAUUAUACAGAUUUGGUGUGAAAAUAUGAAGCCUGAGGUUCAGAGCUCUGGUUCCUCUCUCACUGUCAGAUUUGUGACAAGUGAUCAACGUUUACGCAGAGGAUUUAAACUGAGAUAUACAGAAACACGAGAACCUUUCCCAUGUGGCGGUCAAGUCAACGUCAACUCCAGUAAACAGUAUCUGGUCUCUCCUGGAUACCCUGCCAAUUACCGUAGGAACAUGAAGUGCGUGUGGAUUUUAAGGAGCCCACAAAACACCAGCAUCCAUAUAAGUGUAUGGAAAUCUUCCAUUGGUGACGGGAAUACCUGCAAUGGCAGUUAUGUGAGUGUUAGAGAUGGUGCAAACGAGGAUUCCAAAGAAAUUGGCGUCUUUUGCGGUAAAAAGCAGCCAACCUACAUAAGUUCUGGGAAUGUAAUGUCGGUAAUUCUCCAUACUGGCCCAGGAUCUGUCAAACAGGGAUUCGUAAUCGAUUAUAUCUCAGGGUUAUUUCACGAUCCUUAUGAUUGUGGCGGACACAUACAGUUGAAUGCUACAGUAACGUUUUGUAAUUUACAACCGCCGGGAUCCUUCUCCAACUAUUAUUUUGACAUGAAAUGUGUCUGGGUAAUAGAGGCAAACAACCAGAACCUGAAGAUUUCCAUUGAUAGCGUGGACCUCACAUUUUCACCUUCCUGUACAGAGGAAUACAUCACAGUACAUGAUGGAUCUUUGUCCAAGCCCAGUUUAAUCGGGAAGUUUUGUGGACAUCUAGGCUUCUCAGAAGAUCACGUUACGUCGGGAAAAGAAAUGGUUGUCACAUUUCAAAGCCGGAAGCCAAAUAAUGUCCAAAGCGGUUUCAGUGCAUCAGUUUUUGCCGGCGAUUUUGAAAUCUGUACAUUGCAGGAACAGAUGGCUUGGGACACAAUAACAUACAUAACAUCUCCUAACUAUCCAUUUAACUACCCAAGAAAUGCUCACUGCUCAUGGAGAUUAGACACUGACGGCGCUGCACAUAUCGCUGUCCAGCUGACGGUGAUAUCAUUCAAUACUACAAAGGUGUCAACUUCAUGCGAUUCCAACUACCUUGAAGCAUUUGAUGGCUAUGAUCCCAGCAGUCCGUCCUUAGCUCGAUGGUGUGGUGCAGGUCACGCUCAUAAUGUCAUAUCCAGCACCGGGAGGUACCUCUUCCUGAAGUUUGAUACCAGUUAUGACACACCCAAUACAGGCUUCAACGUUUCCAUCAAACGGAUCUAUAGUCCCCAAGACUCCCCUAAAGGCGUCAUCAUUGGAAUUGCUGUUGGUGUUAUUGCUGGUGUAUUUGUCAUCGUUGCUAUCGGCUACCACGUUGUCCGGAGGGGAUCAUGCUUUCAGAGUGACACCAUAGCGCACAGAACAAACCUUCACCGUUUCUUUUAUAAGAACACGCAUCAAUAAAUGACAAUGCAUAAAGGAUGAGGGAAAGAGCAAUUUUCCUGGAAUUAGGAAAUAGAGUCAAAUUAAUGAUUUGAACAAAAUAUGUAUCGUGAGCUGUUAGAGUUAAAAUAUUUCAGGUUGUUACGAUCGCCUGCAACUGCUACUUCAAGUAACAUAAAUGAACACACCUACUGGUGUAUUUACUAAACUUUUCUUCACGAUCCCGUGGAUGACUGAUGGUAUCAAAUGGUUAUAAAGGCUUGGAUUGUCGUUUGUGCAACUCGCCCGGAAAUGACAGACACAUUGCUAAAACCUGCUGGUAUGUAAUUGGAUGUGAAACCAGACAUAUUUACUGUAAUCUUCACAGAUAGUACAUGACUCAUGUAGUAGAUUAUAACAUGACUUAUACAGUGAUCGAAUUUGUAAAUAUUGAAUAGAAGGUGGAAGCUCUUUUACUGUAGAUCAAUUACAUGUAUUGCUUGUAUGUGAGCGUUGUUCAAAAGUAGAACGAUAUGUCACAAAUAACCAGUCUCAAAUCUUUCACCGAUGUAUUUCAUAUAUUUAUAGAUAGUCCAUCAGCUUACAGAAACCUAUUCGAUUUACUGACAUGCAUUUAUCAUGCAACCAAACAUUGUAUUAUGGGCCUGUGACCUUGUUAUCGAAUAAACUGUCUAUGUACAUUA